AAGAAGAAGCGGUCAGUAGAAGAGGGGGGUGUGUCGUUUCCACUCCAUCAUGGCGCUCAGUCUGCUGCUGUCCCGCUGCGUGUCCAAAAACUUACCGGCUGUCGCUUCACUUUACGCGGUCACCAACAGCUUCAGCACGUCGGCGCGGAUGGAUAAGCGCGUGGCUGUGGUUUUGUCAGGCUGCGGCGUGUACGACGGCUCUGAAAUCCACGAAGCCUCCGCGAUUUUGGUUCACCUGAGCAGAGGAGGUGCCAGUGUCCAGAUGUUUGCUCCAAACAUCGAGCAGAUGCAUGUGGUGGAUCAUCUGAAGGGCGAGCCGGUGCAGGAGAAGAGAAAUGUGCUGGUGGAGAGUGCACGGCUGGCCCGCGGCAACAUCCAAGACUUGUCCAAGCUCAGCGUGAAAGACCACGACGCCGUUAUCUUUCCAGGUGGUUUUGGUGCAGCAAAGAACCUGAGCACGUGGGCGGUGCAGGGUAAAGACUGCUCCGUCAAUGCAGAGGUCAAGUCCACGCUGCAGGCAUUCCACAGCGAGAAGAAACCCAUCGGCCUCUGCUGCAUCUCGCCCGUCCUGGCUGCCAAAGUCUUUCCGGGGUGUGAGGUCACUGUGGGCAUCGAGAAGGACGAGAAGUACCCGGACACGGCCGCCACAGCCGCUGCCAUCAUCCAGCUGGGCUGCAAGCACGUGAGUGAGAGCGUGAGCCAGAGCCACGUGGAUGAGAAGAACAAGCUGGUCACCACCUGCGCCUUCAUGUGCAACGCUCCAAUCCACGAAGUGUUUGAUGGAAUCGGAGCGAUGGUCCAGGAUGUGCUGAAGCGUGCCUGAUCGAUCCCCAAAGAUGAUGGAACCAAGUGAAGGAAUGUCGGAAGUCUGUUUUUAGUGUGAGCGAAUCAGUCAGGUGCACAUGA